AUGUCCAAGCGUACUUUCAUUGCCGAACAGGAACGUAUACAAGGAUACACUCACGUUCUCCUGCUUACAACGGGAAGUGUGGCUUCAAUCAAAGCCUCGUUAAUUGUCUCCGAGCUUUUGUCCUAUGCGAACGUAAAAGUUGAAGUCGUCUCAACAAAGUCAUCGUUGGCGUUUUUCGACGUCAGUGCCGUGGAGAAGGCCGGAGCCAGAGUCUGGCGAGACGAAGACGAAUGGGCUGGAGACGGUGGAUUUAGAAUUGGUGAUCCUAUCUUACACAUUGAGCUACGUCGAUGGGCCAAUAUCGUUCUCAUCGCACCUUGCUCUGCAAAUACUCUCGCUAAGAUCGCGCAUGGUAUUUGUGAUAAUCUUGCGACUUCCCUGCUUCGUGCCCUCGCACCGACUACCCCAACCUAUGUCUUUCCAGCGAUGAACACGCUGAUGUAUGAGCACCCGUUGACCAAUGAGCAUCUCCGUGUGGUGCGCGAGGUGGUCGGCUACAAUAUCAUAGGACCCAUCGGUAAAACGCUCGCUUGUGGUGAUGUCGGUGCGUGCUAUUCAUCAUCGGUUGCUCUACUGCAGGUUCGCGACGUUUGCAUCAUGAGCGUGCUCGCUAAGAUGUACUCUACAGGACUUGGUGCGAUGACCGAAUGGCGCGACAUUGUCCAAAUUGUCGUCAACACAUUUCAUCUCGUCAAGUGA